UUUUUUUCAAUUGCUUGAACACUAUCGACACAUGCUUAGACCAAAGCAACACAACUUGAAGUUUUUGUUUCUAUACCUUAAACACAUGUAACCAUUCCUUAAACAAAAGCGCUGCUUUGCACUUUAGUUGCAAUUGUGCAACACACUUGCUCCUUUCUGCAACACACUUGCUCCUGCACACUACACAGUAUUUCAUACAUAAGACACUUAAUUCAAAAAAUGACGUCUCAUUGUACCAUUGGGAAAACACAUCUAUUCAAAAUCCUAAACACAUUGGUUAAUUGAGAAUACUUACUUACACACCUGAAAACACUUUCUUCCAAAACUGAACACCAAUCAGCCACCUACAAAAAGGCCUCAGUUAAGCCAUUUUGAGAACUUUGCAAGCAUGGAUGCAGCAAGAGCAAGAGGCAGAGGAAGAGGAGGAAGAGGAGGACGUGGUGGAAGAGGCCGUGCACGGAACAUUAUUUCAGAUGAUAUAAGAGCAACUUUGGUGGACCAUGUCAUCAACCAUGGCCUGACUAAUGAGGGAAGCUGGGCAGAGAGUCCACCCUCAUCUAAGCCGUUUCACAGUUUCAUCCAUAAUAAGGACAUUCCGACUGGAAAACAGGUAUGUCUUCAACUCUCUACUUUCUACUCUACUCAGACUGUAUCUAGAGUAUUUGCAGUACUGUACCAUAUGUAUCACAUGUACUGUAUUGCAGGGUGGCUAAUGCUCCUUUUUGAACGAAAGUGGUAGUUUUGUGAUAACCUACAUUGAGAUGUUUCAGUAAUUUCUAUGGUAUAUACAGUACUGUAAAAAAUAAGCAAUCCAAUACAGUAACAUUUCGUGGUUGCUUUUUUCUAUAGAAUGACUAGAAGACAUUCUGGGGGCGGACGCCAACGCCUGUUCACCCAACAGCAGGAACUUGCCAUUGUGGACCUGGUCAGAGCAAACAAUGCAAUCCGUCUCAACCAGCUAAAGGAACAAAUACUUGCAGAUAGAGAAAUGUUCAAUAACAUAGAGCGAGUGAGCAUUGCCACUAUCAGACGCAUCUUGGUAAAGCACCAAAUUACCAUGAAGCAAUUGUACAGGGUCCCAUUUGAGAGAAACAGUGUCAGGGUCAAAGGACUUCGACGUGAAUAUGUACAGCGCAUCUUGGAGAUGGAUGGAGCUGCACAGCCUCAUGAAUUUAUUUACAUUGAUGAGGCUGGAUUCAACCUCAGCAAAACAAGACGACGGGGUCGUAACAUAAUUGGCCAAAGGGCAAUCGUGCAAGUCCCGGGGCAGUGCGGGGGAAAUAUUUCAUUGUGUGCUGCCAUAAGCCUUCAAGGGCUACUGCACCAUCAAACAAAACUAGGUCCCUUCAAUACGGAACAUAUACUAACAUUUCUGGAUGCACUUCACGAUGCAGCUGUACAGGACAGACCAGAGCAGCCCAGGUUUGUUGUUGUCUGGGAUAAUGUUAGUUUCCAUCGGACUGCUCUUGUCCGCAACUGGUUCACCAACCAUCCUCAAUUUGAAGUCCUCUACUUGCCCCCUUACACACCAUUUCUAAACCCCAUAGAAGAAUUAUUUUCGGCUUGGAGAUGGUGCGUAUAUGACCGCCAACCUCAUGCUCGCAUGCCUCUUCUGCAGGCAAUGGAACAGGCCUGCGGAGACAUCAACAUGGGGUCAAUCCAUGGAUGGAUUCGGCACACAAGGCAAUAUUUUCCCCGAUGCUUAGCGGAAGAAAAUAUUGCUUGUGAUGUUGAUGAGAUCCUAUGGCCAGACCCCAACAGACGGCAGGAUCCAUAAGCCCACCCAUGCACAAUUGCCAUGUUUUUCUGUGUUCACAGUACAGUAGGGUUUAUUUAUUUAUUUUUGCUCAAACUGUAUUUACUGCACUGUAAUGUACAGUACUGCAAUGUACAGUAUUUAGUAUUUCUUUUGGUUGUGGUGAAAACGUGCCCUCUGUGAACUGAAUAAAAACA